UUGAACGUUCACUCGUGUUAAAAUCAUCAUCAGGUGAACGUUUAACGUGCUAAAUGUCAUCAUUCCGAUCAAUAAUUAAUCAAAUUAAUUAAUUUCACAAUUAUUGUGUCGUGAGUUAAUGUUGAAUAAGCGGAUUCAUUUUUUAUGUAUGAGUGAUUGGUUUGAACGUGAAUAAUCAAUUUAUCGGGUUGUAAAUCAUUGAUGUGAAAUUUUUCAGUAAUUUGAAAGAAAAACAAUUGCACAUAAAAUCAGUUCGUCCAUAAUAACAACAUCGAGUGAUAAGAAGACUAUAAUUGUAGUGGGGUUUUAUAGGCUAGAGUGUGUUCAAGAGCAAGACAGUUCAUUCAGUGUUUGGUCAACCUAUUUGUGUGAUUGAAGGCAUUUCAAAUAGCAGCAAUUGAAGAUGAUGUCGUCACACUUAGUUCGCGUAUUUUACCUCCUUCUCUUGGCAAUAAUCGGCUGUAACGGUCUCAUCACCUCUGGAGAUGGGGCAGAGGAUGACAUUCACGUGAAAGAAGUUGAAAUCGGCGCUAAUCACGAGUUGAAAUGUGGAUGCAAUGACGACGACCACCGCUUCCAGUUCUGGGUGAUCAACAAUAACUUUGUCAUUGGUCCUAACAGUUAUUUGUAUGUGGACGCGAAUAAGUACAAGGGAGAUAUGCUGAACGGAAAACUGCUGAUAAGGAAUAUAACAGUGAAAGAGCAGGGUAUUUACACAUGUUUAUGCAAACAUAUGGACAGCCGCUCUUACCAUGUCAGAUCCACUGAGUUGGUAGUCAAGAGAGACUGGGAACAAGUGUAUGACAAUGAUAAAAAGGUAAGUGACACUCCUUGA